AAUCUGCUGGUUCUCCUGCUGAGUACAGCGUCCCUGACGCAGAGGCACACCUGGAGGGCGAAGAACAGCAUGGCACCGAAGAAAGUGGAACCAAAGAAGACGGAGGUGAAGAAGGUGGAGGCGAAGAAGGAAGAGCCUCCUCCGCCAGCCAAACCUGCAGAGCCGGAGUCCAAACCUCCCGAGGUGGACCUGAAGAGCAUUGUGGUGGAGUUCACCCCCGACCAGAUGGAAGAGUUCAGAGACGCCUUCACGCUGUUCGACGAGACGCCCGCGGGUGAGAUGAAGAUCACCUUCGCUCAGUGCGGAGACGUGAUGCGGGCACUCGGUCACAACCCCACCAACGACGAGGUGCUGAAGCUGCUGGGGAGGCCGAAGGCGGAGGAGCUGAGCGCCAAGCUGCUGGACUUCGACAGCUUCCUGCCCAUGCUGCAGCAUGUGGCCCGCUCCAAGGAGCAGGGCACCUUGGAGGACUUUGUGGAGGGCUUGAGGGUGUUUGACAAGGAGGGCAACGGCACAGUGAUGGGGGCCGAGCUCCGCCAUGUCCUGUCCACGCUGGGGGAAAAGAUGACGGAGAAUGAGGUGGACCGGCUGAUGGUGGGACAAGAGGACGCCAACGGGCUCAUCAACUACACAGAGUUCGUCAAACACAUCCUGGCCGGGUAGAACCCUCUGCCGGGUUCUUCUGAUGGUCUGAGGUUCUGCUUGUCCCUGAUGGGCUGAUGUUCUGUCUCUCAUUGAUGGACUUAGGUUCUGUCUCUCAUUGAUGGACUGAGGUUCUGUCUCUGCCUGAUGGUCUGAGGUUCUGAUUGUCCCUGAUGGGCUGAUGUUCUGUCUCUCAUUGAUGGACUUAGGUUCUGUCUCUCAUUGAUGGACUGAGGUUCUGUCUCUGCCUGAUGGUCUGAGGUUCUGUCUCUCCUUGAUGGACUGAGGUUCUGUUGGUCCCUG